GUGCCCGAGAGCUCGGGCGGCUCCGCGGCGGCCCUUCUCCGGGGUGGCAGCCCCUGGGCCGGCGGGCUCUGGGCUGCCGCGGCCUCUGCCGCCCUUUCUCCCUUCGCUCCUAGCAGGCGCGGAACGGGUCUCUCCUCCCUGCUCGUCUCCCGGUCGUGCGAGCAGCCGGGAAUCGGUGCCAACUAAACAAACGGCAGGCUGGCGUGGAGGCUGGGCUUUCUGACCCGCCUGAGGGGGUCGAAGGCACUUGUAAGCCUCGGGUGGCUCGGGCACCGUUUGCUGUGAGCCCCGAUGAGCGUGGAAGGCUCCGUCCCUGGGGAGCGCUGGUGUGGCCCCGGUCGCGGUAGCUGGGCCCGAAGCGCUGGGGCUAACGGGGCACUCGUUGCUCAAGCUUCAGGGCCCGAAGAAGUCUCAGCGUUUGCAAGGCUCCUGGAGCUGCGGUGGGGAUGCCGUGAGAUGGGUGGCUGCCAGAGGCCAGCUGGCGUGGCUGUGUGUGGAUUUGAAAAGCAAACACUGAUAAUGUCAGUUCAGAGAUCUUCAGCUCAUUAAGGAAGUCGGAUUGUUUGUUCAGUGGCUGUGGCUGCAGUGGUGGUCUUUGAAGCACACCUUGCAAGGCCAUUAAUAAUAUGUCUGGUUUUUUACUACAUAAACCUAUGCUCUUGCAAUGGGAACUUAGAUAAUCAUACAUCUGAAGUACCUAGACUGUUGUUAUGAGAUUAAUCUUGUUGUAGCUUUGUGUGAAGUAUGCCAUUUGUUCUCCUCGUUACCUGAUUGAGAAGUGGGUGUUUUAGUGUGGCUGAUGACUGGUAGUGGCCAUGCCAGAUUAGAAACCUGUGAAUUGUCUGAGCCAUUGCUCAAGAUAAGGAAGUUGACAAAAUGAUUGUAAAAAUGGGAGUUGCUACCUUGGAGAAAGAUCAGUUCUUUUCUUCCUGAUAGCAAUGCAGGAUGACUUUAUGAACCUUUUGUUCUAGAAGCAAUCUUUGCUUUUCCCACACCUCUAAUGUCUAUUUCUACACCAGGUUCUGUAUUGCAAAGCAUGGUGAUGUAGGCAGCUUAGUCUUCCAGGGUGCAAGUUGACUGCUAAAUUACCAGGAGCAAAGCUUGUGGAAUUUAGCAGCUUGCAGAAAAAGCAUCGAUGGAGUCAAAGUGGCUAUCCCAGCCUAUGAGGAAGGAUAUUUCUUUGGCAAUACUGACUGGUGCACAUCUUGAUGAGAUCUCCUAGCAACCUUUCCUGUAGGGCUGAAUGACAGUAGGAGCAGCUGGGAAAAUCAAUGAGCUUGCCUUGGGAGCCUCUAAAUAGGCAAAAUCGGAACACACCAUGGGUCAGAAGGUCACAGGUGGGAUAAAGACUGUGGACAUGAGGGACCCUGUAUACAGGCCAUUGAAACAGGAACUCCAAGGACUCGACUACAGCAAACCCACACGUCUGGACUUGCUACUGGACAUGCCUCCAGUAUCAUACGAAGUCCAGUUACUGCAUUCGUGGAACAAUGACGAUCGCUCGCUGAAUGUGUUUGUAAAAGAGGAUGACAAACUCAUAUUUCACCGGCAUCCGGUGGCUCAGAGUACAGAUGCCAUCAGAGGCAAAGUGGGAUAUACUCGAGGACUGCAUGUGUGGCAGAUCACGUGGGCGAUGCGGCAGCGAGGCACACAUGCAGUGGUUGGGGUGGCAACAGCAGAUGCCCCUUUGCAUUCUGUAGGGUACACGACGCUUGUAGGAAAUAACCAUGAAUCUUGGGGGUGGGACCUCGGGCGCAACAGGCUGUACCACGAUGGCAAGAACCAGCCAAGUAAAACCUAUCCUGCCUUCUUAGAACCAGAUGAAACUUUCAUUGUGCCGGACUCCUUCCUGGUGGUGCUGGACAUGGAUGAUGGGACACUGAGCUUCAUUGUUGAUGGGCAAUAUAUGGGUGUUGCAUUUCGGGGACUCAAAGGGAAAAAGCUAUAUCCAGUGGUAAGCGCAGUGUGGGGACACUGUGAAAUACGGAUGCGCUACUUGAAUGGACUUGACCCUGAACCACUGCCUUUGAUGGACUUGUGUCGAAGAGCUGUGAGGCUUGCUCUGGGCAAGGAAAGACUAAAUGAGAUCCCUACAUUGCCACUGCCAGCCUCCCUCAAGAGUUACCUGCUCUACCAAUGACCUUCAUGUUCAAGGACAGAGUUGGAACCAAGGCAGAAUAUUGGAGCUGACCCACUGAACAAUGGGUUCUCCACCCUUGUGUCAUCGCUACUGUUGGAACUCCUUGGCCAAAGUAUUCCUCUCUCUCUGCUUAAGUCUCCAUGUGCCCUUACUAGCAAGCUCUCAAGUAAUACUAGUUUCACAACUGAGUGUUAUUUGGAAAGCCCUUCUCCAGCACACUUAGGAAAGGAACAUUUACAGAAGCUCUGUGCCUCCCCGCUCCUCCUGAGAAAAGGCUGUACUGCAUCCUUUGGGUUGUAGAGCCUAUGAGUGAAAGAUUUUUCAGUAUGAGCUGAAGCAAAUAAGAUAACUUGGGGGAAGGGAAGGCAUUGGGAGUACAAGUGUUAAGACCAAGUCCUACACAUGGGAAGGCACAAUCUGGUCAGCACAGCUGGGAAGAGUCUGGAAUACUGAGAAGAAUUAAUUGCUGAGUUUUUAAAAACCAAAAAAAAAUACAAACCCAAGCCCUGAAACACCAAAACCAAGAACUCUUCCACCAGAUGCUUUUUAAUUUGGAGAAGGUGGUUAUGUUGCUGAUGUCUGUAUCUCUGCCAGGACUUCUCACCAUAUUCUAAUGUUAUUUCAGUAGACAAUGAAUUCUGCUUCCUUGUUUAUCACCAUGGCUUUCUCAGUUCUCUUGCUCCAUUCUCUAUGCUGCCUCUUCUUAGUGAGUUUAAUUCAGUUGACUGAGCAGUCAUACUAUGUCUUCACCUGCACUCUCCCUGACUUAAAACCACAGAUUUUAGUCUAGGAUCAGGGGUUCCUUGCUGCUGUUGGGACAAGAAAGGGACAAACUUUUCCUGCAGUGGAGUGAGACAGGCUGUGUGAGCUGAGAUUUGUUACACAGCUGUAGAUCCUGCUGUCUUAGGUCUGCCUUCUGUAUAGCCUGUUCCAUGUUAAGGCUUUAGAAAAACACACUAAUGUAUUUCUCUGUCUCUGCCAGGGAAUUUUCUUACAUAAGGUGCUUGAAGUCAUUCAAACCAGGCUUUGUUUUGUUGUAGACUGUCAGCAUAACCUCCACUUAACUAUGCAGUAGGAAUAGUUCUCUUAUGCUUGGGGGUGGGAAUUUGUCCUAGAGAAAAGGUGGUGACAGUGUGGCUGCAGAACUACCAUCAGCAGAUGAGAAAUCCAGAAGGUGAUUGCUGCAGAAUGUAGCUAGUAAGACAUUAAAAGAGGAGUCAUCUUCAGACACAGCAAGAAGAAACUGAACCUCUCCAGAGCUGUGAAGUGGGGGAAGGAGAGAACUGCAAUAAGCAGGACAAGCAAUUCAGGCAAAAUCAGCACAUCCCAAAUAGAUUCUCACCUCAGUAGCCAAGUAAAGAGGAUGACAGUCCUUUACUAGCAGGAGCUGCUCUCUUGACCUCUCCACAGAUUACUAUGCUGCCUUUCUGGGGUUAUUUUGCACAUUUCUUUGUCUUGAAAAAUGUUUGUGUGAUUGGUUUUUUUGCUCUUGAGUUAUCCCUUCAGUUCUAUGUAGGUACAAAUGAGUUUAGUUGUUGAAAAUGUUAAUAUAUAUAUUUGUGGUGUACGUAUAAGAACAUGUUUUAAACAGCUGCUGUAGGGUACCUUUUUAAAAUAAACUACUUGCAUAGUAUAUUUUUUAAAGCACAGAAUUGGUGCCAAGACUGGCUGGGGUGUGAAGUGCCCCAUUUUUAAUCUAAUAUGAUAUGAUUUUUUUUUAAUGUAGGAGUUUGUACUAGUUGCUGUUACAGGGUGAGAUACAAGAAAAUUCAGUGUAUAUGGAGCUUUACUUGGUUGCCUUCAACUUGAACCAGUGUCUUCCAGAACUCCAGGGAAGCAGCUGUGUUCUCCCUACUUCUAAUGUUCUUUGUGCUCCCUUGUUUCCAUCUCUUCUCACUUCUCCAGUACAUUGUGUUGUACAGUUUUAACUUCUAACUUUGUUUUAUGACUGUAGAUAAUACUCAGUAACCUAAUAAACUUUAUUAACUAUUA